AUGGCUGCCUGUACAUUCGACAUGAAAUUCGUAUAUGUGCUAGCGGGUUGGGAUGGGUUUGCCUCCGAUGCUCGUGUCUUGCAAAAUGCUUUAACUCGUCGACCUAAUUGUUUUCUUGUGCCUCAAGAAAAAUAUUUUGUUGUCGAUGCCGUAUAUGCCCAUACUCCUGGAUUUAUGGCACCUUAUCAAGAUGGGUUUGUUGAAGCAGUUGAGGAUAUUGCCGAUAGUGGUGAGGAAAUUUCGCCAUCACCUAUAGACGUCACUACUGCCGAAGAAGAGCGUGCAGGCUCUAUUGUGACGGAGCGCGCGAGAGAGCAGUGGAUAAAAAAGAGGGAUGACAUUGCGGACCGAAUGUGGAAUGACAGCCUUCCUCGGACCCGGCAGUAA